AUGCGCACUGCGCUCUUUCAGCUCAACUGUACUUGCUUUUCACGCGUGGUAAGAGUCACACUUUGGGAAAACUCUGCUUUGAAGACAGAAAUUGUGGAUAUAAAACGUAUUUGUCAGCACUAUGGGGGGACAGGCAAAGGGUAAAAAGAAAAACAAGCCGAAGAAGAAAGACAACCGCCCAAACAGGGAUGCAGGGUUUGUUGGAUUGUCACCUCAGGAAAGGAUGAAAGUAAGAAUGCAUGAAAAAGCCAAGAAGAAGACAGCUGAGAAGUAUUCUGUGCAACAGCUACUAGAAAAGACAGAGGAAUGCAUGGACAGUUUUGACUUUGAGAUGGCUGGCCUUUUCUGUCAACGAGCCCUGGAUGUGGAGCCUAACAACCUGCAAGCUUUAGACAUGCUUGGACACAUCUGCUCUGAACUAGGAGAUGCACAGAAAGCUAAGGGAGUUUUUCUGCGUGCAGUGGAGCUGAGCCCAGAUGUAGGCCACAGUAAGUACAUGUACCUGGGACAAAUCCACACAGGCCAGGAGGCUGUGGACUACUACACUAGAGGAAUAGAAGUCCUGCUCUCUGCAUUGGACAAACAAGCACAGACCACACAGGCUCAGGCCGGAGCUGCUGCCCUCCCAGAUGAGGACCCUGAGCUCCCCACAGCGAAGGACAUUUGUGUAGCCUACUGCUCCAUUGCCGAGAUUUACUUUUCAGACCUCUGCAUGGCAGAGGGAGCUGCAGACAAGUGCAGAGAGUUCAUUGAGAGAGCACUACAGUAUCACCAUGACAACCCUGAGGCUCUACAGCUCAUGGCCAGUUACCUGUUCAGUACAGAGAAAAACCAGGAAGGCAGAGAAUACCUGUUGAAGAGUGUUGGAUUGUGGCUACCUGCCCAGAAACAGAGUGCAGCUUCUUCCAGCACAGAGGAAGACAUGCAGAAUGAGAUUCCUCCAUACGAGUCUCGCAUCACCACAGCCAAACUGCUCAUCGAGUCCGAGGAAUAUGAGAUGGCGGUAGAUGUGUUGGAGGGUCUUCUGGAGGAGGAUGAUGAAGUCGUCCAGGUGUGGUAUCUCUCCGGGUGGGUGUGCUACCUCCAGUUGGAAAAAGCAAAGGAACAGCAAGAAAGAGAGGGGAGAGAAGUGACGGAGGAGGAGACGGAAGAGUGGAAGGCAUUGAAAGAGGCAGUCAGAUCAUACCUGACCAAUGCUAAGAAGCUGUACAGUAAGCUACGAUGUGAUGACCAGCCGAUGUUGGAGCAUGUGGAGCAGCUGCUAGGCGAACUGGGAGGAGACAUGGAGGGAGAGGAGGUAGACCCACUCUUGGAUGAAGACUAUGAACCCUGUAGUGAUGAGGAGGAGGAGGACAAUGCAGAGGCACCCAUGGAACACUGACACACAGCCCUUUGCUUGUACUCUGUGAUUUCACUUUUGCCCAUCUUGCUUCCUUCUAGUUUAAAUGUUCUGGUGCGCUCUCUAAAGUGCCUUUUUUACUUGUUAUCCUUUCACACCUGUUGAUCAAAGAUGAAAUUUGAAUUUAAGUGAGAUGCAAAAAAAAGAGUGGCAUUAAAAGCUGCAGUCUACUCCA